AUGGUAGAGGAUUGGGCAUGCAAUAUAAAAGAGGGCCCUGUUCACCCAGUUGUAUGGAGAAGAACUCUUCUUAGAGACGAUAUGAUCCAAACAUUUAAAGAAAAAGUGAUCUUGAAUAGUAAUCUCAGCAUUACUCUUAUUGGCUACAAUGGCAGGGAGGAAGAAGGACAAGGCGGUGGUGUCUUUCGUGAUGCCCUUAGCUUAUUUUGGAAUCAUUUUUUCACCUCAUUGGCUGUUGGAGCUCAGGAAAAGAUCCCGACAAUAAGACACGACUACCAGAAAAGUGAGUGGGAAGCAAUUGCACGUAUUUUGGUUUAUGGUUACGUCAGAGAUGGGUAUUAUCCAUUGUCCUUGUCAGUUGGCUUUAUGUCAUUCUGUAUGUUUGGUGAUGAUGGCAUUUCAAAUGAAUUUCUAUUGUCAUCUUUCUGCCAGUGUCUCGCAGAGGACGAAAAAGAGAUUUUUGACCAGUGUUUCAGUGAAGACAACGCUCCAGGUGAAGAAGACGUAUUGGAAUUCUUGAGCAAUUAUAAGUGCUUUCGUAACCCAUCGAAAACAAAUAUAAAGCAAAUUAUGUCGGAAAUUGCACAUCAGGAGAUUGUCCAAAAACCGCGAUACAUUUUGAAUUGCUGGUCUUCUAUUCUUCAAUGCCUGAAGAUUUUUCCAGAUUUCCAAUCCAUUGACACUUUAAACAAGAUGUACGAUACUAAAAAACCAACAACGAGAAAACUGAUAAAAUUGAUUGAAUCCUCACCUGCAACGGACCAAGAAAGACAAUGUAUAGACUAUUUAAAGAAAUACAUCAGGUCCUUGCAAGGAAACAUGUUGUCUCUGUUUUUGCAGUUUGUCACGGGUAGCGACGUUAUAGGUUCUCAAGGAAUACAGGUUUCGUUUACUGUUCUGGAGGGCACAGCUCGUAGACCAGUUGUUCACACUUGUGGGCCCCUACUUGAGAUCCCUUCAACAUAUCAAUCAUACAGUGAGCUAUCUGAAGAGUUCAGUGAAUUACUUUCAAACAAAGAUGCGUGGCAUUUCACCAUUGUAUAAGUUUGAGCAAGGUAGUUGUUGAAUAUUUUUUGUUUCCCUUUGAUUAUUAUCAAAGCAAUCUUACUAAGUUGUUUGUAAAAUAGUUGGGAGUUUUGUUUCAAAAGGACCUUGCUAGUUGUGUGUUAAAACGUUAUUUAUUACGAAAUCAUCAAUACUAUCAUGAUAGUAAUGUUCAAAGUCAAUCUUAAUUGAAAAUGUAGCUUUUAAUACUAAUUUUUAAUGUUUUUCUUGAUUACAUUUAA